CCUCCACUUCUCGAGCUUUCCUCUGCACUUUCCUGGAUUGCGUUUCCCCGAACUCAGCUCCCUUACACACCCCCCCUGCCACACGCGUUCGUCGCCUCUGCAUGCGCUCAGACGCAUUUUUUCGCUGUCUGCCUCUCUGGCGUCUCUGGGGUCCGGUGAUUCGCCUCCGACUCUGUUGGCACACCCCGCGAGUUGUGCUGAAAACGGAGAAGUUAUCCUCGGUCUCGACUCACCAGUCUCGUCUGCGUCGUCAGCUCGGUUUGCACUAUACUCGAUUCGCAGGUAGCACCCUGGAGGCCAGGCAAAGGCAGACAGCGGCGGCGGUGCCUCCACCUCAGGAUCGUCCAUCGGAUUGAAGGUGAUCGUCUCUCUCUCAUCAUUUUCCGCCUCAUCUCUCUCGGAUCUCUCGCCUUGUUCCGGUUCAGAGUCUUCGCUGUUUUCCUCGGUCUUCGCUGUGGCUCUGUCCCUCCGUGAGACGCGAUGCAUGCGCGUAGGCGGGAAGCAGCGCAACACGCCUCGGCGAACAUGCGGAUUCCUGUGGUGCUGGUACCUGUUUGGCAGAUAGCCUUGGAUUCUGUCCAGUUUCCUUUGCCGCAGCGAGCGCGGGAGACUGGCGACUGUCCGCGCAUGCACUCGUCGGCGACGCUCCUUUUCUCUCAGCUUCUCAAACAACUCGCGAAUCCCCACUAACGGAUCUUCGCUCGGAGUCUCGCCUUGCCUGCCUCGCCUUCUCUCCGAACUCGAACCCUCUGCAAACGGCGUCUCCGAAACAGACGUCUCUGGCGGGAACGCAGGAAGCCUAGGAAGCCGCCUCUUCUCUGUCUCCGUCUCCCUCUUCUCUGUCUCCGUCUCUCUUGUUUCUGCUUCUGCUUGGGCGGCAGCGGCGACGGCGCCCAGCGUCGUUCUACUGCGACAGAGCAGCUGCGACGGCGAGCCAGGCUGCAUGCAGCGACAAGAACUGGCGGGAGACGAGGGAAGGGACAGAGUGGGCACUGAAGGCGGCUGCGGCGCAGCACACCCAGCAGAGACGGCAGACGACGGGGGACGAGGACAGGAAGGAGACGCCCGGGCAUGCAAACAGCGAGAGGCGAAAGAGGCGCGCGUAGACGCGCAGAGAAGCGAAGUCGCGCUGAGUCUCGAGUCCGUCGGCAGGCGGCGAGGAGAGAGGACGACCGCGGAAUCUGCGCAACGCGGCUCUCCUUCUUCCGAUAAAAGCAGGAGCCCCGAAGGCGAGAGCGACGAAGAGGCAGAGACAGGACAAUAUGCUGGAAGAGAUAGGUCGCCUCUCGAUGGAGACGGAUGCCAGGAACGAGAAGGAAAGACGAACGACACGGAAGACGACGACCAACUCGACGAGAGAGAAGACAGAGGAGAGAGAAACUGGGGACGGAAGUCAGAGGCGUUCGAACCGAGGGAGAGAGGAGAGAGCGAGAAGACCGUGGCAGACGAGGCUUUGCAGAAAGAGCGAGGAACCUGCGACAAGGAAGGCGCGAGAGACAAAGCAGAGCAGCGCCCUACAGAGAGGAGACAGAAGAAAAGGAGGGAGAACCAUCGCCAGGCAAGUCGAGAAGGCGAAGAGGAGACAGAGCGGAAAGGAAGAGCGCCCUGUCCUUCUCCCCUUGUGUCUUCUCGCGGCGCGUCUCCCAUGGUCCUGAAAACAAACGCUGCGCCGUUCCCCGCUACCACCGUGGCAAGCUCCCCCGGAGACAGUUUUCCCUGCACGCGCAAGGUGUCUGUACACCCCAAACGGACCCGCGAGAAGCGUUUUCGAGUCUCGCCAUUUUCUUUCUUUGUGUCUCUGGAAAGGCACAAAGCAGCGCAGCAGAGAUAGAGCGCGACUGAGAAGAGCGGCGAAGCAAGACGGGAGAAGAGUCACGACGAAGGACGAGAACAUAAGAAGAAGCAGAAAAAAACGAGCAGAGAGAGACAACACGAAGAAGAGGAGAGAGAGAAGAAAGAGACAGAGGCAGGGCGCGAGAGAGACCUCUUUCCAGAAGCGGCGGCGAGGAGGCAGAAAUGGUUGGAGAACUCGAUGCCUCUCAGACCUCCGACCACCGUGGAGCGAGGGCAAAGAGCCACAGGCAUGCAAGAGACGAGAAAAUGCUGCGGAGUCUGUGGUGAGGGAAAAAGCAGAUGCCCGCCUACAGGGUCGAGAUCAGAGGAGCGUUUAACUGACAAACGAGGAGAGAGACGGCGAGGUAGACACAAUACGAGUGACGCGGAGCAAGAGAGCAGGCAGAGAACAUGGCGGGGAAAAACCGAAAGAGAGCGACUAAGAGAACGCAAAAGAAGAAGCCUGAACACAGAAAAGUUCGGCGAGAGAGACCAAGAGACCAAGAACGCGGAGAAUGCGAAAAUCGACGGUCGGCAGCAUGCAAUCUCCGCUGGGGGGGGGGCGACGCACACAGACGACGAACGAACGGAGACGAUGUCGCCACUUGGCACACAACGAACGUUUGUCUCCCUCGAAGAAAGCGCCAAGGAGAGACUGCAGAGAAGCGGAGAAAAAGAGACUGCAGAGAAGCGGAGAAAAAGAGACUGCAGAGAAGCGGAGAAAAAGAGACUGACCGCGCGGGUCGAUGUCGACACCGGCGAGACAGUUGGGAGCGGCGGGGUGUCUUCGCCGGCAGAUUUGAGGACAGAGAAGAAGAGCGAGAAGAGAGAGACCGCGCGCGGGAAGGUCAACGACUGAGAGAGAGAAG